CGUCAACGGCACGAUGAGAGCAAGAGGGGGGGUAUAAGUCUCGAUACGGCGCCGCUGUAGACUUAUCUCUGGCUUCCUCAGCAGUCGCUCCAUUGUUCCCCGAGAACCAAGCCCGGACCUAGCUGCAUCCCGCCAUGAAGUCUUCGAUUCUUGCCAGCGUCGCCACCAGCGCUGCUGGAGCUCUCGCGGCCGGUGGCGCCUGGCAACAGUGCGGUGGCAUUGGUUGGAAUGGAGAUAAGACGUGCAUCUCGGGCUACUCGUGUGUCUACUCGAACGAUUGGUAUAGCCAGUGCCUACCGGGCGCUGCCGCUCCCACCACCUUGUCGACGUCGACGACCUCAAAGGUCAGCACGACUUCUUCGACCAGCACGAAGUCUUCGGCUGCUCCUACAGCCACACCGACGACCACACCUGCUGGCAAGUUCAAGUGGUUUGGAGCCAACGAAGCCGGCGCAGAGUUUGGAAACGACGUCUUCCCUGGCACCUGGGGCAAGCAUUUCACUUUCCCUGACAAUGCCGCUGUCCAGACCUUAAUCGGCCAAGGGUAUAACAUCUUCCGCGUGGCCUUCUCCAUGGAGCGCGCUACACCCAACACGUUGACGGGCGCCUUGGACACGGCCUACAUCAAGAAUCUGACAGACUCGAUCAACUACAUUACAAAUGCGGGCGCUUACGCCAUCCUCGACCCCCACAACUUUGGGCGCUUCUACGGCAACGUGAUAACCGACACGUCGGCCUUCCAGACGUGGUGGAACACCAUCGCCAAGCAGUUUGCCUCCAACUCCAAGGUCAUCUUCGACACGAACAACGAGUACCACGACAUGGACCAGAACCUGGUGCUCAAUCUCAACCAGGCCGCCAUCAACGGCAUCCGGGCCGCUGGCGCCACGUCCCAGUACAUCUUUGUCGAGGGCAACUCGUGGUCUGGCGCGUGGACGUGGAACACGACCAACACCAACCUCGCUGCUUUGUCGGACCCGCAGAACAAGAUCGUCUACGAGAUGCACCAGUACCUUGACAGCGACGGCUCGGGCACGAGCACGGCGUGCGUGUCGACGACCAUCGGUGUCGAGCGCGUCGUCGGCGCGACGGCCUGGCUGCGGGCCAACGGCAAGCAGGGCAUCAUUGGCGAGUUCGCUGGCGGCGCCAACAGCGCGUGCCAGACGGCCGUCAAGGGCCUGCUCGACCACCUCAAGACCAAUAGCGACGUGUGGACUGGCGCCCUCUGGUGGGCCGCUGGGCCGUGGUGGGGUGACUACAUCUACGGCUUCGAGCCCCCCUCGGGCACUGGCUACACAUACUACAACUCCCUGCUCAAGACGUACACCCCGUAAGCUGGCCGAAGCUGCGCGCCAACCGGCUGAAUGCUCCCUGGCAACAUGGGGGGGAAGAAAAUGGUGGUAGUGAGAGGUGCCCUGACGCACAUAAGACGUUGACUCGAUUCUCUGUACAUAC